AACAGAUGGCGUUGGUAGACGAGUCAGUAGACGACGCUCGAGGGCAGCAGCGACUGGCGGCGGAACUGCCGGCGGCGCCGCCGAAAAAGCCCAAGGUGGAACAGCCGGACGAGGCCGAAGAGCGGAACAGCGGCAGCAGCAGGUGCUGUUCCCCCGUCACUUUCCAGCGCGUCUCAACAUCCUCGGCGUCCCUGGAUCGGGUGCGACGAGGAGCAGGAGGGGACUACAUUCCCUUCACCAGCGCCAACAGCGGCGGCGGGGGCGGUGGCGGAGUUGGAUUGCCGCCGCCGCCGGCAGCCCAUUCUCACCACGUCCCGAUGCCGCACCCGGGCUGUGAUCCCGGCUGGCUGUACAUGAUGUGCCAGUAUGCCGCAGCGGCGGCGUGCGCUGGGCUUCCGGCGCCGCCACCACCGCCGCCGCCUCCGCCUCCGCAACCCACAGCCAUGUUCGUGCCUCCGCCGUUCUUGGUCCCGGGCAAGCCGGACACCAAGUUUUUCCCGCCGUUCCCGCAUUCUGCCGCUGCUUCAGCUUAUGCGUUCCCUGCAUCAAGUGGCGCCUUUGCAUACCCCGGUGCUCAUUAUUACCCCCACCACCACCAGCACCACACCGGCGCCGGUGGCGGUGGCUCUGCAACGAGUCCGGGACCGCCGGUCUUGUUGAACCCGGAACGAGUCGUCCCGUCGUCCAGCGACGCCGACCGCUUUCCGCCGCACUUCCAGCCCAACGUUUCCCUGGCGCCGCUGCCGCCGUCGGACUCCGCCGCCUCGGCAUCGUAUUCCCAGUUCCGGCGGUCGAGACUCAUGUCCGCCAGUCGUCCAGCCUCGCCGCCGGAAUACGAGAAAGUGAGUUCACCGGGACUGCUGGUGAAACGGGAACCCUUGGAAGAGGGUUGUCUGGAGGAGCGAAUCCGAUCCACACUGGGCAUGAUGCCGUCGUCGCAAGCAGAUGCAGUGGUGAACAAGUUUUUGCGGUUGGCGGAAGAAGUCCGAGCUGAUGCGAUGGCUGAUGCGAUUCGGGCAGAAGCCGAAGCCCGGGAAAAGGAUGUCGCAGAGUUGCGGAGACAGUUGUCAAGUCAGCAGGAAAUGCUGACGGAGCUUCGGGAGCGCAAUUUGAAAUUGGAGGCUGAAUUGGCUGCGUCGCGGGGCGGUCAUUUUGCAGAGCGGAUGGGAACAAAAAGCAAAUCGCCGCUUUUGAACGGUACGAAGUCAACUUCCCCGCGGUCGUGUUCAUCGCUUUCUUCCUCAUCCUCUUCUUCUUCUCCGCCGGCCGCCGCCGACGUGAAGCCGCCUAAUCUGCUCAUAAUUGCAGCGGACACCAAUUGAAAGACGUCCCUCGUCAUCGUCCCAACACUCAAAAAGCAUCUGACGACCCCCUAGGAAAACUGACGACCUGGGAUCCUAUUUUUUUCUUUUUUUCCUCUGUUUCGUUAGUUUGUUUUUUUGCCAACUUCGCUUUGAUGAAAGUUGAGAGAAGCAACUUCGCUCACAUGUUUCCGUGGGGUUUGUUGUUUUCUCUGCUACUGGUACUUUUUUUUUUUUUUUACGCGUGCGUUUGCGCCUUUCUCGAGUGCAUGUGUUCUUGAUGCUGUUCUGGCUUCUACACGCUGCGAUUUUCUUUUAUUUUAAAAUAUUAAACUUUCAGCUUCUGAUCCCGCUUUUUUCAAAGCUUUAAAACAAUGUAUUGGUUGGAUAGGAAUCUAUAGGAACUUCCGGGUUGCGAUUUAUUUAUCCGCCGAAGAGCCGUCAAGAUUACCUCAUGAGCUUUGGAUUAGAUUUUAUCGCUCUCAAAGCUUUAAACGGAUCAAACCCGGUUCAAUUUUCUUUGUACUGUAGUUCUGACAUGAAAAAUUUUUUUGCAUUUUUAAAGCUUGAAGAUUAUGAAGAAAUUUUCAAUGGUUGAAGGGAAUUCUGUUGAAACAUCCUCAUUAGCGAUUUAUCCAUUCGCCGAUGUUGAAUGUUUAAAAUUAUUUAAUUACCUUUAGACUACAGUUUUUUGUUUUCAAGUUUUAAAAUAUUGUGAAAGUCAUUCAAUUUUCUUCGUUGUUAUAAAAUAAGAUUUUUAUCCGUCACGGUAAAAAUUUAAGGUUUCUUUGAAAUUCAGGAUGAAUUUUAGCAUCUUGUACACCAAGGAUAUCUUGAAGGUUCCUUUGGUUAAAAAAUAAACCUGGAAAGCUUUUCUAGCUGGAACGUUUUUGUAUCAGUGAAAAUAUGUAGCGUGUAUUGGCCAGAAUCGCCUCUUCUAUUUUUCAAAUCGUUCUCCUUCCGCACAAUAUUUGGAGAACUCAAUUCCUUGCUCGCUUUUUGCUAGCUUGAAGGACGCAGAUCUGAUGGGUUGAUACGGUUUUUAAAAAAUUCUAAACCUCUGUUUUAUUUUAGGCUUUCCUGGGUUAUUUUUUCCGCUUGUCAAUUAUGAAAUCACACGGAAGAGGCAGUAAUUUACCUACUGUUCUUUUCGUGUGACCUGAAAAUUCGCGAAAAAAGGUACACGCAUUCACUCGAAUACAAGAGGUUUUUUUUUUAUUUUCGUGCCUCGCAAAUUAAAAUUUAUUUUUUAUUAGAAUGUAAAUCGCACUUGGACUGCAUUCAUUCUUUUUUUCUAAAGAAUCAUGAUCAUGAAAAUCAGUUGUUCCAAUUUGUGCUGAAGUUACCACGUUGACUUGUUUGUUUUUGAAUUUAAAAUGGUGGUCAUUAUUUUAAUUAUUGAUGACGUCAUGAAAUUCAAGAUGCCGUCAAGUAUUGGACGCUUUCUGACUUUUUCAGCCAAUUUUUUUUUGUUGAGACAAAAAGAAAAGCUUCUGGAAUUAGCACCCUGGCUUUCCCAGCCAAUUUUUGCGAAUGAAACUGCAUCUUGUGUUCGAGUGAAUACGGUUAGCUAUUUUUUUUUCUUCGUCGCCUACCUCGGGAAAAAAAAAAUUAAUCGCGGUACCUGAGGUAAAAUGCGCUGCAGCGGAAUUGAGAAAUCUUUUGGGAACGCGGAUUUUUAUUUAAUUUUUUCUUCUUAAACUCGAAUCUUUCCUCGCGAUUUUGAAAAAUGUUAUGUUGAUCAUUCUUCCUCGUCUCUUUGCAUUUUAUAUAGUGAGACUUCGUUCUUUGAAAGCUUUUUAUCCGCCGAGCUGCCAAUGUGUCACAGGUGCUAUUUCGGUGCAGACACGGAACGAGUCUUGAAGCACUCGCUGCAAAAAAAAAAAAAAAAAAACUCGGUUUAAUUUAUGCAAUUUGAAACAGUGUUGUACUUGGGGGGUAGGGGAGGAAACGGAGAAGAGUGCUACAAGUCGGCGCGAGGAAUCGGGAGAACCACUUGAGGGCAAAAAGCCACUUCAUUUUUCGCGAUAUUCUUGGAAUAAUCAUGAAUUAUUGAUCGAAAUCAUUCGUCCUAAUAAAAGACACCAUUUAAGUAAGAUGCUUAAUUAAAAUAUCGAGUCUACACGGUCUUGAAGACUAACGUGAAGAACGAGAGAUGAAAAAUCUGUCGAGCUUAAAAUUCCUCUUUUAAUCUGAUUUUUCGUGAGACCGGUUUAAUUGGACGAAAAAAAAAAAUGUAGCAUCAUGAACAAACGAAUCUUUUUUAUUCUAAAGGAUCACGACAUGAGUGAUGAAAAUUCUCAAAAUUUUUUGCACUAAAUUACUCAAAGGAACGGAAAGAUUGUUUCUUGAUACUGUAUUUUACUCCUUUUGCGUGCUGGUCCUCAUUUUCAACUAUUUGUUGAAUAAUAAAUUCUUGCUCACUCGCAGGUGUAAAUUUAGUUCUCCUUGAGCAAUUUUCAGAUCGAUAAUCUUUCGCAAUUGUCAACAAAUUUCGCGAAAAUUGCUUCGAUUGGUUCCCUGUGUUCCUCGUGCACGCGUUCUGUACGGGUUUCUGUGGCGAAGAAAGUGGUUCUGAAGAUGUUCGGCCGGAAUUGGCUGUCAAGAAAUUCUCACAUUUUUUUAUCAGUUACAUGCAAAGAAAGAGAGAAACAGAUACAUACCUCACUUCCGGAAUGGUUGAGCCAUUUUUCCGUUUGAUUCAAAUCAAUAUUAUUUCGAAAUCUGUAAAAGCGGGCGAAAAAGAAACGCUUGACAGGAAUCGGUUACGUUUUGUUCCUGUUUUUUUUUCGGUGACAAUUUUGAAUUUCGAGGGGAAGGGAAAAAUGUGAGAUUUUUUUUAUAUACCGCCGGUUUUUUGUCCUACAGAGGAAAAAUGACAUGAAACUUUUUUUUUUACGCAACAAAGUAUUCCCCUUUUGGAAGGCAUCCGGUGCGACUAAAAAGAAGAAGCUGUUUUUUUUGUUGAUUUGGCAAACGUGAACCGCGCGGCUUGUGACAUUACUUGUCAAAAAGAGUUCCAGCGGAUUUGUUCUCUCUAAUUUUUGUUUACAAAUUCUUGCGAACCGGUGGGGAAAAGAAAAGUCGAGUUGUGGGAAAAGAUGUAGAGCGGGGGAGGGAAAAAUAAUUUCCUUCCAGCCGCUUUUAUGUUUUCCGCUCCUUUUUUUUUUUUUUUACUUUAUAACCCAUUCAGGCAUGAGUAAUUUUUGUCCUUGUUCUGCGCGGCCCAAAAAAAAGAAUAAGGAAACCCACCAGUACGCCAUAAGCAGAGCAAGUGUGAAACUUCUCGCGACCGGUGAAGAAAGCCCUGAUGUCAUUAAUUUCUACUCGUUGGAUUAUUGUUUCUUUUUUUUGUCGGAUUUCAGCGAAGGGUCAUUCCGAAAGUUGGGGAAACAUUUUCUUCCACGGCGAUUGCGAUCUGUUCCUACGAGAAAAGAAAAAAGAUGUCAGUGUUCUCAGUAUACACAAAAAAAGAAUGAAAUACUCGAUGCUUACUUGUAUCAGUUUCAGUCGAAUCUGUCGACCACAAGAUUAUAUUUGUCAGCCGUCCAUUCAGAUCGCCGCGGGGGAAUGACAUGUUUGUUUUGUAACUUUGGGGAAAACCCUUCGUGUGGUAUACGAUCUUUUUUUUUUGUGCACUCGAUGAUGAUGAUGAUGAUGAUGAGGAGAGUGGGAUGUCCAUUUCAGUUGGGCAUUACUCAUCCUGCACUGUGUAUUCAGCAUUUUUUUUUUUUGUUGUUGAGGGAUUUCGAGACACGAUUCGAACUGAUGGUUACCAGGACUGAGCGAGAGAAAGAGGGUGAAGUUGAGUGCUCUUUGUUUUUCAACGCAUCCACGCGCCUUGUUGGCUGCUGCCUUGUGCCCUGAUUUUCAGCCGACUUUUUU